AUGGCUAGAUUACUACUCGCGCUUAUAUUUUCGUUGAUUGCUAUCGGAAUUGUCCGCGCUCACAGAGUUCCGAUAACUAUAUUGGAGACUGCAGUUGCCAAAGGAGCAGUUUGCCUAGAUGGUAGCCCUCCGGCUUAUGCUCAUAGCCCAGGGUAUGGAGAUGGAAUAGACAAUUGGAGCGUCUAUAUACAGGGUGGUGCGUGGUGUCAAAAUGUAGAUGAGUGUCUUGCCAGGACAAGAACUAUAUACGGAAGUAGUACAGUGACUUUUAAGGGUUUUGCUGGCAAAAAAAAUUUCGACGGGUUGUACGAAGAUAAUUCCGCCGUUAAUCCUGAUUUUUACAACUGGAAUACUGUCCAUAUUUUUUACUGCGACGGUUCAUCCUUUAUGUCUGAUGUCGACAAGGUAGAUCCGGCGGUCAACCUGACUUAUAGGGGUGCAAGAAUCUACAACGCUGUGAUGGAUGAACUACUACGGCUCGGAAUGGGAAAUGCUAAGAAUGCGUUAUUGUCAGGCGGUUCAGCAGGCGGAUUAGCCACAAUCUUGCAUUGUGACAAGUUCAAAACACUAUUUGCUGAUACUACUAGGGUUAAGUGCCUAUCGGAUUCUGGAUUUUUUAUCCAUGGAGAGCAUUUUGUUGGAGCUGAUUGGAGAGAAAAUAUCUUCUCCAAUGUGAUAUCAACACAUGGUUUAACGAAUUUGUUGCCUGCGUCAUGCACAUCCAAAGUCAAUCCAAAUCUGUGUUUAUUUCCUGAAUACUUGGUCCAAGAUGUCAAAACUCCGCUAUUUCUAAUCGAAUCAUCCUUCGACCAAUAUCAGAUCGCAAAUCAUGUGUUCCGAGAUGUAACUCCAAGAUGGCAUGAUUGCACAUCUGACUUGACGCUUUGCAAUUCGAAUGAGAUAACAACUAUGAAGGAUUUUAGGAACACAUUCCUAAGCACGUUUACGAAUACAGUUGCUGAUAGCUCGUCGAGAAUAGGCUAUUUUGUACAUACCUGCUAUAUACAUGGCCACAUAUUUGAUAAAGCGUUUUCAACAUGCUCAGCAUCAGUCGGGCACAACGUGCUUGAUAAUAAGUCGAUAGCUCAAGCUGUGGGCGAUUGGUACUUUGACCGGAGUGAAUUCGAGCAUAUGGACAUUUUCAAUGAUUUGCCACGGAACUGUUCUUUCACCGAUUGGCCAACUCUUCUGGAAAUGUGCAUGGCCCAUGAAAAGUCAUAA